UUGCACGUGGAGGUAGGGGGAGAAAUACGUGGCGAGAGGGAGACCAAGAGGACUAACGCCAAAGGGGUAAAAAGGCAGGCUUACCAAGGGGGGACUUUUGUGGGAAACCAUGUGCACAAGCUUCUAAAGGUAAAUUGCCUAUGUACAUCAUGUGUUGAAAGUCAAUGUGCACAACAGCCCAACAGCAUUGAACACAUCGGAAACAAAAUACUGAGAGAGGGACAGGAAAGAGGAGAGAGUAUGGAGAAAACAGUGAAGGGUGUUAUUUAAAACAAGCCUAAAGCUAUUCUCUCGGUGUCACAACAUCUACAAUAAGAAACUUGUGUCAGAGGACGAGGUUUCAGAGUUAGAAACCAGCAUACAUCAAUUCCUUGACCACUACAGGACCUCAUUCCCCCAUGCAACAGUGAUACCAAAAAUGCAUCUCCUAGAGGAUCACGUGCUUCCGUGGCUGAGG